GCCCGCCCACUACCGCUAACCAAAAUGGCGAACUUCACACCAGUCAACGGCAGCUCGGGCAACCAGUCUGUACGCUUGGUCACAUCGACCCAUAACCGCUACGAGACGGUGGAGAUGAUAUUCAUCGCCACGGUGACAGGCUCGUUGAGCCUGGUGACUGUCGUGGGCAACAUCCUGGUGAUGCUGUCUAUCAAGGUCAACAGGCAGCUGCAGACGGUCAACAACUACUUCCUCUUCAGCCUCGCGUGUGCCGAUCUCAUCAUAGGCGCUUUCUCCAUGAACCUCUACACCGUGUACAUCAUCAAGGGCUACUGGCCUCUGGGCGCCGUGGUCUGUGACUUAUGGCUGGCCCUGGACUACGUGGUGAGCAACGCCUCUGUCAUGAACCUUCUCAUUAUCAGCUUUGACCGGUACUUCUGCGUCACCAAGCCCCUCACCUACCCGGCCCGGCGCACCACCAAGAUGGCGGGCCUCAUGAUCGCCGCUGCCUGGGUCCUGUCCUUCGUGCUCUGGGCACCUGCCAUCUUGUUCUGGCAGUUUGUGGUGGGCAAGCGGACCGUGCCAGACAACCAGUGCUUCAUCCAGUUCCUGUCCAACCCAGCAGUGACCUUCGGCACAGCCAUCGCUGCCUUCUACCUGCCCGUGGUCAUCAUGACGGUGCUCUACAUUCACAUCUCCCUGGCCAGUCGCAGCCGGGUUCACAAGCACCGGCCCGAGGGCCCUAAGGAGAAGAAGGCCAAGACUCUGGCCUUCCUCAAGAGCCCCCUGAUGAAGCAGAGCAUCAAGAAACCCCCACCGGGGGAAGCCGCUCAAGAGGAGCUGCGCAACGGCAAGCUAGAGGAGGCGCCCCCACCGGUUCUGCCACCGCCGCCGCGCCCGAUGGCCGACAAGGACACUUCCAAUGAGUCCAGCUCCGGCAGUGCCACGCAGAACACCAAGGAACGACCACCCACAGAGCUGUCCACCACAGAGGCCACCGCACCUGCCAUGCCCGCCCCUCCCCUACAGCCGCGGGCCCUCAACCCAGCCUCCAAAUGGUCCAAGAUCCAGAUUGUGACAAAGCAGACGGGCAACGAAUGCGUGACAGCCAUCGAGAUCGUUCCCGCCACACCAGCUGGCAUGCGUCCGGCGGCCAACGUGGCCCGCAAGUUCGCCAGCAUUGCCCGCAACCAGGUGCGCAAGAAGCGGCAGAUGGCGGCCCGGGAGCGCAAGGUGACACGGACCAUCUUUGCCAUCCUGCUGGCCUUCAUUCUCACCUGGACGCCCUACAACGUCAUGGUCCUGGUGAACACCUUCUGCCAGAGCUGCAUUCCCGACACAGUGUGGUCCAUCGGCUACUGGCUCUGCUACGUCAACAGCACCAUCAACCCUGCCUGCUAUGCCCUCUGCAAUGCCACCUUUAAAAAGACCUUCAGGCACCUGCUGCUGUGCCAGUAUCGGAACAUUGGCACUGCCAGGUAGGCAGGCAAGGGUGCCCCAGAAGGUGCUGGUGGUCACGUGUGUGUGCUGAGCCAUGUGGUCUCUCCCGUGGCUGUCAGGGAGAGAUUUGGAAGCAUCUCUCCGUGUUCACGUUCGCUGAAGAGAACUGAGGUCCCCAAGACCCCGUGAGGCUCAGGAAGAAUCUCUGGCAGGAUUCAGAGAGACCAGAUCUCUGCUCAGGCUGAGGAGGGUCAGCCCCAGAAGCGUCUGAACCAAGACUGCCUGGCCCACCUCUGUUGCCCUGCCUCAGGGAGCUGGGAGGCACUGGCCUCCUGGGGCACCUGCCCCACUGUGACCAACCAGCAUGGCUGAAAUAAUGACAUCUGGAGGGAAGUAAAAGCCCAGGAUCCCCCUUGGGAGGAGCAAAGGAGCCACUGCUUUGGAAAGGAGGCUUCGGAAGGGAGUGGAAGGCUAGGGUCCCCCAUUGUGCCGUAGUUGGUGCUUUCUCCCUGCUGCACCCCGCAUGUAGGCUCAGCCCCUCCUCCCGGGUCCCGUUCCAGGGGCAGAGCUCUCCCCUUGCUGCAGCUGUUCAGCCAGGCUCUGGGUGGGUGGGCUCUCAGGGCCCCCUGCCACAUGCCCCUCGCAGCCCUGCACGUUCAGGAUGGGGUAGCUGGGAGGUCAGGGGUGCACACUCAGGAACUGAGGUCUGGCUUCCUGAGGUCCCAUGCUGAGCAGAGAGGCCCAACGGAUUCUGAAGAGUUCUCCCAGCAGGCUUCUGCAGUGAGGGAGGCCUGGGUCACAGGCGAGAAUGGGUGCGGACUUGACUGUCACAGGCUUCAGUGACAGCGAGGGCUGGGCCGUACCAAAAGGCCUUUGGUUGAGUGUGGCUGACAUGGGGAGUGUCAGUUCUAGGGAAUCUUCCAGGUUCCCUCCCAGUCCUGGUGUGGCCCCUGGAAAGACCAGACUGAAAGGCUCAGGUGACUUGAUGGGGGUCCCCUUUCAGGAGUCAGUAGGGGCCCUGGGAGAAAUUUUCAUAACCGUUCUGCUUUUCCCAUGAGCUCUGGGGAGCAUUCACCGCCAAGCCCCCCGGCCCCUAAAAGCCACAGUUCCCACAGCCUUCCCUUUCCUUCACCAGUUCCCGCCCCAACAAAUUAACCACAGCAAACUCCCUGGGAAGGGGCUUUUAUAUAUUAAA